AUGAUAAAGCCUAAGUCAUCACGUCAACAUCAAUGCAUCUUGGUCGUAACCGAUUACUUCUCUAAAUGGGCUAAAGCAAUUCCUUUAAAGGAGGUACGAGCAGACAAUGUUACAAACUUCAUAAGGAACCACAUCAUCUACCGUUAUGGGGUUCCAUCGAAGAUAAUAUCUGAUAAUGCAUUGUAUUUCAAGUGCAAGUCCAUGACCAAGUUGUGCGAGAAGUAUAAGUUUCGACACUCGUUCUCUACGAGUUAUAAUCCGUCGUCGAACAGUCAAGCUGAAGCUUUCAAUAAGACGGCCAUACGCAACUCAACAGGAUGUACACCGUACAAUUUGGUGUUUGGCUCCAAGGCUGUUCUACCGUUAGAAGUCCAAUUGCCAUCGAGGGUAGCUUUACAGCUAACAAACCCCAACGAAAACGCAAAUGUGAGACUGGCAGAACUGGAAGCUGUCGAUGAGAAAAGACUGGCAGCUCAACAAAGGCUCGAAAUAUAUCAAGCUUAG